AUGACUAUUAUUAACAGACAACUUGGAUGGAAUCCCAAGACAUCACUUUGGGACCUACUCGAAUCGACUCUUACUUACCAACACAGAACAUAUGCCGAAGCUAUCAAGAAGGCCAUUUCAAAGCCCGUUGCAAUGGUGAAGUACUGUUCAGAAAAUAGCAAGCGUCUCAUACACUUCUCCACUUGUGAAGUGUAUGGGAAAACAAUUGGUUGCUUCUUGCCAAAAGAUAGUCCAUUGCUGCAGGAUCCUGCAUAUUAUGUUCUUUCAGAAGAGGCCUCCCCUUGCAUUUUUGGCCCAAUUGAGAAGCAGAGAUGGUCAUACGCAUGUGCAAAGCAACUGAUUGAGAGAUUGAUUUAUGCCGAGGGUGCUGAGAAUGGUCUUGACUUUACAUUUGUGAGGCCUUUCAACUGGAUUGGUCCCCGAAUGGAUUUCAUACCUGGAAUCGACGGUCCCAGUGAAGGUGUUCCCAGAGUUCUAGCCUGCUUUAGCAAUAAUCUCCUAAGGCGUGAACCACUUAAGCUUGUAGAUGGUGGCCAAUCACAAAGAACCUUUAUUUAUAUAAAGGAUGCUAUUGAAGCUGUUCUAUUGAUGUUUGAAAAUCCAGCCAGGGCUAAUGGUCAAAUAUUCAAUGUGGGCAACCCCAACAAUGAAGUUACAGUGAAGCAACUUGCUGAAAUGAUGACACGGGUUUACUCAAAGGUUAGUGGAGAAUCAUCACUAGAAACACCUACCAUCGAUGUUAGCUCCAAAGAAUUUUAUGGUGAAGGAUAUGAUGACUGA